GGCGUCGCGACGCCUCGUACACUCUACCCGAUCAGCUGUUUUCUAAAUCGAGACACUCAAACAAUUGAACCAAUUGCACCGAGUUAACCCAAAGUAAUUCGAGUUGCGAUCGUGAUGGUGUAGUUUCAAUUAAUAAUCGAUCUAGUCGCAUUUGUGACUUGUGGUUUCUUAACCUCAUUGUGGAAGGAUGGAUUCGUUCCUCCAGGUUAACAGUGGUAACAAUCUGUUGGGAUCGCCGACCAGUGCUUGUAUUCCAGACGAUGUUUCUUCUAUUUGUCCUUUGAUAACGCCGUCACCUCCGACAAACGCUUUGGUGAAUCCUUUACCUGAAUCUCAGGAUGCUGAUGAGUACAACAUCAGCAAUGAGCUGGUGUGUAAGCUCCAGCAAAUUAAAAGUGGGAAUAAGGAAGAUGAUUCGACAUCCUCAAAUUCCUCGAAUUUGGCUGAGCCAGCCUGUGUGCAAUUGCUCAAUCAUAAGAACAACUCCAGCAGUUUCCCCUUCAUCAUCAACGACGACGAGAAUAUAACUCAGGAAUCCAAUGGAAAAUCCCAACCCUUGCAACUCACCUUCAGGAAUCCACCAGACAACUAUUUCUUCAUGUCCUGGAAUUGGCCCCUCAUCCGUAAGAUCUCCCUGUGGACCUUCCUAGCAGGUUUGGCCGCCAUGGUAGCCUUGGUGGUGGCCAUGAUAUACUCACUACCCAAAGUUUGCAACCCCCAGGUGGAAUGGUACCAAGGCAGGGUAUUCUACGAGGUAUUUCCCGCCAGUUUCUACGACACCAAUAACGGAAUGACCGGCGAUUUCAGGGGUAUAUCCAAGAACGCGGAUUACAUAGUGGCUCUAGGAGUCAGCGUUGUGAGGCUCAAUUCCAUUUUCGACACGCCCAGAUAUCCGGAAGAUUACAAAAAUGUGACCAGCCUCGUCAACAUCGCCAAACCACUGGGGAACACUAACGAUUUCGAGAGCAUGGUCAACCAUUUGAAAUCGAAGAAUUUGAGCGUAGUUCUCGAUCUGCCAGUGUACCCACUGGUGAAAGAGUUGGCCUUCGAUAAGAGAAAUUUGGUGAGGAACCAAAGCUCGGAAGAAUCCCAGAUUGAUCAUCUAAGAGCCUCCAACCAGGGGGAUCCGAUAGAAGAGGCUCUCCUCCACUGGUCCAGAUUGGGAGUUAGAGGUUUCUACUUGAAAGCCUUGGAGAAUCUGGCCGACGAGCCAAAUCUAGGAUUUUACCUGAGAAAAUGGAGGAGGUUGAUUGGUUUCGAUAGAAUCCUCAUCGUGAGCGAAGCCGUUUUGAGGAAAGCCCCAUCGGAAGAAGUUAGAGAUCUGGUGAUGAACAACGUGAAUUUAAUAGAUAUAAAACUGGAGGUGGAGAAGGGCGCCAAUGAAAUCACCAAGAGAAUCUACAACGUCGAGAACAGUACGUUGUUUACCAAAGCUGGAAACCCAUGGAUUCAUUGGAGUGUAGGAGACGAAGACACCAAGCGUUUGGCGAAUAGACUGCCACACGGCAACUCAACUCUAGGAGCCCUCCUGCUGAACCUGAUGCUACCAGGGACUCCGUCCAUAUUCUACGGCGACGAAAUAAGUCUACGCCAAAUCUACGAUCCACACGGUGAUAGGGAGGAUCUUAAACACGUCCACCAACUCACCCCCAUGGCUUGGCCCAACCUGAAGCAGAGAUCUUUUGCUUGGCUCCACGGGGAAAAGACCAGAGUCGAUUUCGAGCAAGGGGGUCUUAUAUCCAAGAUGGCGUCGUUGAGGAGCGGCUCGCCAUCGAUUUACAUGAACUCUGUGUACAAGAACGAGGUGAAUAAGGCCAACGCUGAAGUCAAGUACAGCAAGCAGGAUCUGUUGGUUAUACAGAGAUGGUACCCGAGAAGGAAGUCCUACGUUAUCGUUAGCAACCUUGGGAAGCAUAAGAUUGAAGCCGAUUUGUCAACUUUGUUGUACAGGGGGGAGGUUAUAGUGGGUCCUAGGCCCGAUUCUUUGCCUGGCACGAUUUCCUUCAAGGAAAUCGUUUUGUGGCCUGGAGAAUCUGUUGUGAUAGAACUGGAGUAGGUAGAUGAGUGAUAUUGAAAUUUGAGGUUGUGGAGACUUAAUAUAAUGAUUUUCUUUACGACUUUCUUGUUAUUUUCAUAUGAAAUGAAAUGUACCUAGUUUCCACGAUGUCCAGGAAGCAAAAGAACUCUCUGACUGGAAAUUAUGAAAUGAUAGGGGAAGGUUUAUUUAUUUUUCUUGGUUGGAAAUAAACUUAAAGUAUUCUUUUUA